CUUAGGUUUAUUUUCUUGAAAAGGCUCCAGGCUCCGGCUUGGAAAAUCCAACCGCCAAAAUUGAGCCCAGCAGCUGGAGCGGCAGUGAGAGCCCUGCCGAAAACAUGGAAAGGAUGAGCGACUCUGCAGAUAAGCCGAUUGACAAUGAUGCGGAAGGGGUCUGGAGCCCUGACAUUGAGCAGAGCUUUCAGGAAGCCUUGGCUAUCUAUCCGCCAUGUGGGAGGAGGAAAAUCAUCUUAUCAGACGAAGGCAAGAUGUAUGGUAGGAAUGAAUUGAUAGCCAGAUACAUCAAACUCAGGACAGGCAAGACGAGGACCAGAAAACAGGUGUCUAGUCAUAUACAGGUCUUAGCAAGAAAGAAAGUUCGAGAAAUUCAAGCCGCCAUUAAGGUGUCUAGUCACAUUCAGGUUCUUGCCAGAAGGAAAUCUCGUGAUUUUCAUUCCAAGCUAAAGGUAACAAGCAUGGAUCAGACUGCCAAGGAUAAGGCCCUGCAGCACAUGGCCGCCAUGUCGUCAGCACAGAUUGUCUCGGCCACCGCCAUUCACAACAAGCUGGGGCUGCCUGGGAUUCCACGCCCCGCCUUCCCGGGGGCGCCGGGGUUCUGGCCAGGAAUGAUACAAACAGGGCAGCCGGGAUCCUCACAAGACGUCAAGCCCUUUGUGCAGCAGGCCUACCCCAUCCAGCCAGCGGUCACAGCCCCCAUUCCAGGUUUUGAGCCUGCGUCAGCCCCAGCUCCCUCAGUCCCAGCCUGGCAGGGCCGCUCCAUCGGCACAACCAAACUUCGCCUGGUGGAAUUCUCAGCCUUCCUCGAACAGCAGCGAGACCCAGACUCGUACAACAAACACCUCUUCGUGCACAUUGGGCAUGCCAACCAUUCUUACAGUGACCCAUUGCUCGAAUCAGUGGACAUUCGUCAGAUUUAUGACAAAUUUCCUGAAAAGAAAGGUGGCUUAAAGGAACUGUUUGGAAAAGGCCCCCAAAAUGCCUUCUUCCUCGUAAAAUUCUGGGCCGACCUAAACUGCAAUAUUCAGGAUGACGCUGGGGCCUUUUAUGGUGUCACCAGUCAGUAUGAGAGUUCUGAAAAUAUGACAGUCACCUGUUCCACCAAAGUGUGCUCCUUUGGGAAGCAAGUAGUAGAAAAAGUAGAGACGGAGUAUGCGAGGUUUGAGAAUGGCCGAUUUGUGUACCGGAUAAACCGCUCCCCGAUGUGUGAAUAUAUGAUUAACUUCAUCCACAAGCUCAAACACUUACCAGAGAAAUAUAUGAUGAACAGUGUUUUGGAAAACUUCACAAUUUUAUUGGUGGUAACAAACAGGGAUACACAAGAAACUCUUCUCUGCAUGGCCUGUGUAUUUGAAGUUUCAAAUAGUGAACAUGGAGCACAACAUCAUAUUUACAGGCUUGUAAAAGACUGAACAUGGUUAUUUAUAUAUAUAGACAUCUGUAUAUACACACACACACACACACACACACACACACACACACACAUAUGUGCGCACACACACUCUCUCUCCAUUACUGAAUGACUGACUGUAAACCUCACCACACAGGGGGGGUGCCCUGGCCCCGAGGUCACCCUGACUUUUUCUAAAUCCUGUUUGAGUGAAGUCAUUUUUCAUGUGUUCAUACUAUCAUUGUAGCUGUGAAGUUCUGGUACAGUUGUAAAAAGAGAAAUCGAGUUGUUUCUAUGUGUCCUUCAGAUCCACAGCCCACAAUUUUUUGGGAAGGAUGAACCUUAAGAACCCGGGUCUCAGUCUGUAGAGACCUGUUUCUAAUUGUGGUAGAAAAAAUUUGAGACAGAGCAUUUGCCAUGGGACAUUUACAGCCUUUAUACAAAUGUAUUUAGUUCUUUUUUUUUUCCAACAUAAAAUUCUUGUUUUAAGAUACAAGUAAAAUUAAUCUUUAAAUAUAAAUGUAAAUUAGUACACAAAACUAAGAAUCUUUAGACUUAUCUUUGUAACUAAUUAGGGUGGAAGUUAUGAAAGAAUGUAAUUCACUAAAUUAUUUUUUAAAUGAAACUUUUCUUUCUUUUUUGAAACCAAAUG